GGCUUGGUGACGUCAGAGCGCGGUGCGAGCAGCGGCGUGAGGGGUCUGAGGAGACGCCAUGAGCAAAGCGCACCCGCCCGAGCUGAAGAAGUUCAUGGACAAGAAGCUGUCGUUGAAGCUGAACGGUGGGCGACACGUCCAGGGGAUCCUGCGGGGCUUUGAUCCCUUCAUGAACCUCGUCAUCGAUGAGUGCGUGGAGAUGGCGCCGGGAGGGCAGCAGAACAACAUUGGCAUGGUGGUAAUCAGAGGAAACAGCAUCAUUAUGCUGGAAGCUUUGGAACGAGUAUAGAGGAACCUGCCUCGUUAGUGGUCCUGAUGACCUUUCACCUCAUUUGUUUACUCCCUGAAGCAUCCCCGCAGUGUAAACUUGACUCUUUUUUCUCCUUUUGUUAAAUAAAUUUUUGUAAUGGUUGAGUAA